GGGUGGACUGAGAAAGAACUAGUCUAAAACCUAACCCCGCCGCCGGCAUUACUUAGCUUCCGAUUCGGAAGAGUUACUCAUCUUCGCCAAUGGAAAAUUGGAGCUACUUUCUAUUCGGCGGCACCAACUUCGAUAGGAAGAAGUUCGCCCGUGUUUUUGAUUGGUUCAAGGACAACAAAGAAACCGAUGGUAAAGUGGAGAACUUGCCGUUGUUCCAUAAUGGAAGCUUCCAACCGGAGGAACGGUCAGUUUCCAUCAAGAAGAGAAAGCCAAAGCCAGUUGCUUCAGUGUCUGUAAGAGUUCAAAAAGAGCACCUGUGGUGAAAGAAGAGAAUGAAAAGGAUGAAGAUAAGCUCUCAAAAGAAAAGAAGGAGCUUUACAGAUAAUUGGAGAUAUGGAUGUAAAUCCUAUUUGUUACGCAAUUUUGCUAAACUUGGAUUUAAAGAGCCAACACCAAUGCAAAGGCAGGCUAUUCCUGUUCUUCUAUCUGGUCAGGAGUGCUUUGCUUGUGCUCUUACUGGAUCUGGGAAAACAUUGGCUUUUGUGUCUCCAAUGCUUAUGAAACUUAAGCAUGCAUCAACCACUGGCAUAAGAGCAGUUAUUUUGUGUCCUACACGUGAGUUAGCUGCUCAGACAACCAGAGAGUACAAGAAGCUUGCAAAAGGAAAAAAAAGUCCAUAUCAAGUUGAUGACUAAAGAGCUAGCAAGAAAUGCUGAUUUCUCAAAGCUGCCUUUGUGAUAUAUUUAUAUCCAUGCCACCUGGGUUACAUUUGGCUAUCAACAUAAGAAAAAUCGAUUUAAGCAGGGUUGAGUAUCUUGUACCAGAUGAACCUGAUAAGCUAUUUGAGCUUGGAUUGUUAAAGCAGAUUGAUAGCGUGGUCAAAGCUUGUUCUAAUACUUCAAUAAUAUGCUCAUUGUUUAGUUCGACUUUACCUGAUUUCCUUGAGGACCUUGCACGCACAAUAAUAUGCCUGAUGCUUUUUGUGUUAUUGUUGUCAGGAAGAAUACUGCUUCAGAAUCAAUCAAGCAAAAGUUGGUUUUUGCUGGAAGUGAAGAAGGUAAACUACUUGCACUUCAUCAAAGCUUCUUGGAGUUAUACUGCUUUUAUGGUCAUUGUUUGCCUUGCAAUAUUUGCAAAUGGAAAACGUGCUCACAUAAUAAUAACAGGCCACAGUCAGGCCUUGAACAGCGUUGAACAUGAGCUCUUUUAGUAUUUUCAGCUAGUGCAUUUCUCAACAGUCUUCCUUGUUUGUUGUAUUAUGUGCUGGGAGUAGAGUCUGAACCCACCAGUAUUAAUCCUUGUGCAAAGUAAGGAACAGGCGAAGGAGCUUUAUGAUGAUGUUUUAAAUCUGAUGAUAUUAGAGUUGGAUGUCAUCCAUUCUGAUCUGUCGCAAUCACAGUUAUCCUUACUUUCAUUAAUGUCGGCUAUACUGGACUGUAUCCUUUUCUAACCUACAAAUCAUUCUACAGAACAGAUUUUAGUAAGCCUCUACAAUAGAUAGUUGAAAGCAAAAUGGAUUCUGAUACAUGGCUUCUAUUGUCUGCCUAUGAUUCUCAUCUGGACAUUUCAUAUGAUGAUCGUUAUUGUUUGUUUGUAUUUUUAGCUACUGUAUUUCACUUUAUGCCUAUCUCUUGUAUUUAAAAACUGCAUGAAAAUGUGGUUGAUGAAUUCAGAGCUGGUAGAGCUGGCAAAACAUGGGUUUUGAUUGCUACUGAUGUUAUUGCUCGUGGUAUUGAAUUCAAAGGUGUCAACUGUGUGAUAACUGAUAAAUUAUGAUUUUCGAG